UGGCGGGGGCGGGUCCCACCUCCCGGCCGCCAUCCCCCGUCCCGGGACUGCGGCUCCCAGAGGUCCCGUGUGUCCCCAAGUCCUGCGCCUGCUGCUGCAGCCGUCCUGCUGCCAUGAAGAUCGCGGUGAUCGGGCAGAGCCUGUUCGGCCAGGAGGUCUACUGUCACCUGAGGAAGGAGGGUCACGUGGUGGUGGGCGUGUUCACCGUGCCGGACAAGGACGGCAAAGCCGACCCCCUGGGCCUGGAGGCUGAGAAGGACGGCGUGCCCGUGUUCAAAUUCCCCCGGUGGCGGGCGCGGGGCCAGGUCCUGCCGGACGUGCUGGCGAAGUACCAGGCCCUGGGGGCCGAGCUCAACGUCCUGCCCUUCUGCAGCCAGUUCGUCCCCAUGGAGGUCAUCGAUGCCCCCCGGCACGGCUCCAUCAUCUACCACCCGUCCCUGCUGCCCAGGCACCGCGGGGCCUCCUCCAUCAACUGGACCCUCAUUCACGGAGAUAAGAAAGGGGGGUUCACCAUCUUCUGGGCGGACGACGGUCUGGACACAGGGGACCUUCUGCUCCAGAAGGAGUGUGAGGUGCUACCGGACGACACCGUGAGCACCUUGUACAAUCGCUUCCUCUUCCCCGAAGGCGUCAAGGGGAUGGUGCAGGCCGUGAGGCUGAUCGCGGAGGGCAAAGCUCCGAGAGUCCCCCAGCCCGCGGAAGGAGCCACCUACGAGGGGAUUCAGAGCAAGGAGAAAGCCAUGGUGAACUGGGACCAGCCCGCAGAGGCCAUCCACAACUGGAUCCGCGGGAACGACAAGGUGCCAGGAGCCUGGACAGAGACCUGCGGGCAGAAGCUGACGUUUUUCAACUCGACCCUGAACACCUCGGGCGUCGUCCCCGAGGGAGAACCUUUGCCCAUCCCGGGAGCCCACCGGCCGGGCGUGGUCACCAAAGCGGGACUCAUCCUCUUCGGGAAUGAUGACAAAAUGCUGCUGGUGAAGAACAUCCAAGUGGACGACGGUAAGAUGAUCCCGGCCUCGAACUUCUUCAAGGGAGCAGACAGCAGCGCCCUCGAGUUGACAGAGGAGGAGCUGGUCACCGCGGAGGCUGUGCGGAGCGCUUGGCAGCGGAUCCUGCCGAACGUCCUGCAGGUUGAAGAUGCCACCGAUUUCUUCAAGUCGGGGGCCGCGUCUGUGGAUGUGGUCAGGCUGGUGGAGGAAGUGAAGGAGUUGUGCGACGGCCUGGAGCUAGAAAACGAGGAUGUUUACAUGGCAACCACCUUCGGGGACUUCAUCCAGCUGUUAGUGAGGAAACUGCGAGGGGACGAUGGAGACGGCCCGUGUGUCAUCGACUACGUGGAAAUGGCCGUCAACAAGCGGACUCUCCAAAUGCCACACCAGCUCUUCAUUGGGGGGGCGUUUGUGGAUGCCGACGGCGGCAAGACCUAUGACACCAUCAACCCAACCGACGGAAGUGUCAUCUGCCAGGUGUCGCUGGCCCAGAUCAGCGACGUGGACAAGGCAGUGGCCGCGGCCAAGGACGCUUUCGAGAAUGGGCUGUGGGGCAAGAUCAGCGCACGGGACCGGGGCCGGCUUCUGUACAGGCUGGCGGACCUCAUGGAGCAGCACCAGGAGGAACUGGCGACCAUUGAGGCCCUGGACGCCGGAGCCGUCUACACUCUGGCCCUGAAGACCCACGUGGGCAUGUCCAUCCAGACCUUCCGCUACUUUGCCGGCUGGUGCGACAAAAUCCAGGGCUCCACCAUCCCCAUCAACCACGCCCGGCCCAACCGCAACCUGACCUUGACCCGGAAGGAACCCGUAGGGGUCUGCGGUAUCAUCAUCCCCUGGAACUACCCCCUGAUGAUGCUGUCCUGGAAGACAGCCGCCUGCCUGGCCGCUGGCAACACUGUGGUGAUCAAACCUGCCCAGGUGACCGCGCUGACAGCCCUGAAGUUCGCAGAGCUGACCCUGAAGGCUGGCAUUCCCAAGGGGGUGGUCAACAUCAUCACGGGGUCCGGCUCGCUGGUCGGCCAGAGACUCUCGGACCACCCCGAUGUCAGGAAAAUCGGGUUCACCGGCUCCACCGAGGUCGGGAAGCAGAUCAUGAAGAGCUGCGCCGUGAGCAACGUGAAGAAGGUGUCCCUGGAGCUGGGCGGGAAGUCGCCCCUUCUAAUCUUUGCCGACUGUGACCUCAACAAGGCCGUGCAGAUGGGCAUGAGCUCCGUGUUCUUCAACAAAGGGGAGAACUGCAUCGCCGCCGGCCGGCUCUUCGUAGAGGACUCCAUUCACGACGAGUUUGUGCGGAGGGUGGUGGAAGAGGUGACAAAGAUGAAGAUCGGUAACCCCCUGGACAGGGACACGACCCACGGCCCGCAGAACCACCGAGCCCACCUGACGAAGCUGCUGGAAUACUGCCAGCGCGGCGUGAAGGAAGGGGCCACGCUGGUUUGCGGUGGGAAUCAAGUGCCCCGGCCAGGCUUCUUCUUCGAGCCGACUGUUUUCACGGACGUGGAGGACCACAUGUUUAUUGCCAAGGAGGAAUCCUUCGGUCCCAUAAUGAUCAUCUCCCGGUUUGGUGACGGGGACGUGGAUGCCGUGUUGUCUCGGGCCAACGCCACCGAAUUCGGCCUGGCUUCCGGUGUGUUCACCAGCGACAUCAACAAAGCCCUGUACGUCAGCGACAAGCUGGAGGCCGGCACCGUGUUCGUCAACACCUACAACAAGACCGACGUGGCCGCCCCCUUCGGGGGGUUCAAGCAGUCCGGAUUCGGCAAAGACCUGGGCGAGGCGGCCCUGAACGAGUACUUGCGAGUCAAGACUGUCACCUUCGAGUACUGAAGAAGGGUCUCGGCAGUCCCACCGCCUCCGGCACACCUGUGAUGUGUCACCUUCUCUGUCCCCAAGCCGUGGCGGCGGACGCCCUCCCCCCUGCACCCCAAGCGGCGGCCCCUGGCGGGGUGAGGGGUGACUCCCCGGAGAAUAAAGUUUCCGAGCAGA